ACAAUGCCAGGCCACCAGACCGGUAGGCUCUCAACUCUCUCAACUCAUAAAUUUGCAUUUCCCAACAACCACCACCAAUAGUACUAUAGAAGCCAUAAACCUAAAGCCCCUCCCUUUCACCUACUAAACGAGACCACAAUCUCUCAAUCCUGCAAAACUCCAUAGCCAUGAGCUUCACUUUAGCCACAUUAUCGUCGUCGUCGUCGUCAAUCAAUUCCCUCUCAUCCUCCAUCUCCACUACAAAACCAUCAUCUUCUUCUUCGUAUCUCCGUUUUAGCACUCCAAAUCUCCAGUACACCCACUCUCGCCUCAAAGUCUUUGCUUGCGCGACUCGCACCCCAAAUGUCACCACCGAAAGGAACCCCCAUCCCAUUGUUCGAACACUUGAUCGCUACACAAAAGCCGCACUUUUCGUCUGUGCCACGGCCGCAAUGAUAGCAAAGCUCUCGGUGUUGCCAGCCAGAGCGGAAUCUCCUACCGCACUUUCCCAGCAAACCCCGAUUCUUGAAGAAGUGCAGGACCAAGCUCAAGCCGAAGCCGAAGCCGAAGCUGCAGCCCAAGACCGAGACCUGUCCUCCCCAUUGUCCGAGUUACUCGAAUCGAAUUCCGAAGCCGUCGAGACCUUGAAGUCGCUAUUGCAAGAAAAUCUCGAGAAUGGAGAGGACGAGCAGGCUCUCAAGGUCCUCAGACGCCUGGUUGCUGCACAGCCCUCUUCAACCGAGUGGAAGUUCCUGAUGGGGAGGUUGUUAAACGAAAUGGGCGAGGCCGAGAACGCGCGCAGAGUGUUUGAAGAAAUUCUAGCUCUUGACCCGUUGUCGUUUGAAGCAUUGUUUGAGAACGCUUUGAUUAUGGACCGGUGUGGGGAAGGCGAGGCCGUGAUUAAGCGGUUGGAAGACGCGUUGAAUAUUGCGUUGGAGGAGAACAAGGCGAAGGAGGCACGGGACGUGCGGUUCAUAAUGGCACAGAUACAGUUUUUGCAGAAGAAUGUGGAUGAGGCUUUGAGGAGUUACCAGGAUUUGGCGAAGGAGGAUCCCAAAGAUUUUAGGCCCUAUUUUUGUAUGGGGAUGAUUUAUAGCUUGCAGGACAGGAAUGCUGAGGCAAGAGAUCAGUUUGCCAAGUACCGGGAGCUUUCUCCAAAGAAGUAUGAGGUAGAGGGGUACUUGAGAACCCCAUUGUCGAGGAUGAAGCUAUUUGGUUCGAAUGAGAAUUAAUUUUGGGUUGUUUAGCACUGGGAAUAUGCAGCAAUAAUAUGGCAUUCGGGCAAUCCUAUGCCUAUGUUCAAUUUUGAUUGCACUUUUUGACUUGGUCCGUUGCUGGUGAUGGGAAUCAUCGUUGGGAUAGCUACUUCACUCUUUGACUUGUUUUGUUGCAAGUGAUGUGGAUCAUCAUGGUUAUUACUUUUCUUGUGGAUCCUGUGAAGGUUUCUCUCAAUACUGAUACUAAAUAAUCUGUUUCACCCGAACUUGGUUCUUCCCUGGUUUUCUGGUGCUUUGUCAUUGCUGUGCUAUGUGGUUUUAGGCAAUUUUCCUAGUUUAUAGAGUAGAUUCCUGUUAUGUUUAGAAUAGGUGGAAUGGAUGAUCUAAGGCUACUGCAAUGAAGAAACAUGAUGCCUGAGCACUUGGAAGUGCAAGAGUAUGUCAAUUAUGUCUGAAGGUGACGUUGGAGGAAUAGGCCAAGACAAAGGUCUUGAUUUCAAUGUGCAAUCACAGUUUGCUAAAACUCAAAUCUUUGAAUACUUCUUUUGGUAAAUAUAGGUUCAAAUGUUGAUUUUUGGCCAAUUCAAGAUUAACGGGCAGAUUAAUGUUAUGGUUGUUAGUAGUUGAUUGUCAGUGGAGUAUUAUUAGUAUUAUGGUUGUUAGUAGUUGUUUUUCAGUGAAGCAAUGAUGUUGCUGGGUGAUGUUAGUAAUUGUUCUUAUUGGGUUGCUGGUACGGUGAAUAAAGUUUUGUAGUGAA